AUGGCUCCCCACCACUGCAAAGCUCACGCUGGUCUGCCCAGAGUUUGGCGAGGCUGGGGCGAGUUGGGCAAUCGCAAGGCCGAGCUUCAGGCCAUAGAAGAUGAGUACUUCAAAACGAACAAGCCCGACUACAAGCUUCGACACCCUGACGCUCCCCGCUACAGUUGGGAUCUGCACUUGGAUGUCGCACGCAAGUGGACCAGAUAUUUCGAUUGGAGAAUUUCCAAGAAAGACCGUUCCAAGACUACUCUUCCUGAAAUGGUCCGUGUAGAGCAUAUCCCAAGACUCCUAAAUUUCUUUUACACUGGGGACUAUUCUGUCGAUAAACGGGACAUGGACAGAUGCGAGGUCGGACCGUGCCCUAAUGGAUGCGUGACUUGUACUCAAAUCUGCCAGCUUCUGCAAAUUCACCUUUCUAUGUUUCGAACAGCCCUUUUGCUCAGAAUCCCCGAGCUCCAGGGUCUGGCUUUUAGCAGAUUCCGUGGUCUCUUGGACACUGCCUCUAUCUGGGUAUUGCAGUAUGCUGUUCACAUAGUGUACAGCCGGCCUCCUGUCCCCGAUGGCCGCAAUGACUUCCAUGUUUCAGCCAUCAAAGGCCUUAUGGACUACCGGCCUGAACUAGUACUUCCCGCGGUUCUCCGAUGGUGUGGCUAUUUCCGCAUGAACCCAAAGAAGGCAUAUGGUGAGCAAGAAUUCUCCGGACUCCGCCGAGCAUUCCGUUCGUUCAACACACACUUGACUUUUGGAUUGUGGCUGGACACUGUUGAUAUUACACCGCCCACGCUUCGAUUCCCAGGUGAAACGCCAUCCAUGAUCUGCAUCCAUCCGUAUCUGAGCACUCAAUUCCCGAAAAUGGCAGUGGAUCCUAACCGCUCAAACUAUCAGUACGUUACAUAUCUGCAGCCACUGCCUUUCGAGGACUUCAGCGAGCAGCGACCUACUAACGCACGUGAAUCAACUGAAUCGCCCACAUCCAGCGGUCCAAUUCAACAAAACCGACAAAACGUCUCACAGAUUACGAUCGCGGCCAAUCAGACCUCCUAUACUCCUAUGCAGCAACCAUUCCAACCCCUAGGGGUGAAUACGUCGCGAGUAGCGCAGACCAACCCGAUGGCCACAUUCACUUACGACACAUCUGAGAUCUCAUUUGACCCAAUGCAGGUAGACUUUAGCGCAGCCAGUUUGCCAGGAUUUGACUUCGAUCAGAUGUUGGAUUAUGAACCUGUGGCUUCACAGGAUGCAAAUGCAUUUGACUGGGAACAGGCAAUACAGUGGACCGCAUCGGACGCAGCCAAGUUUGAAUUCACAGAUCUUAUCAAUGAGGAUAUCGUGGACACCAACGUGCCGAAUCCAAACUAUUACCCACCCCUACCCGAGAUGGACUUUACCGGACUGGGCUCACUCAGGCCUACAGUCCGGACUGCACAGGAAAUUACCACAGGACCCAAUUCAUCGGCCAAUAUGGCCCCGAAUCCCCCUGUUCUCUCCCCUGCGCUCACAACCCAGGCAGUAAUUGACUGGACCAAAGCCACCGCAUCCUCAAUCGAUCUGACUGAGGAGCCGACCCAGGUUCAACCCCCGCCUGCAUUGCGAUACAGCCUGCGGAGUCAAGGCUCAACCGCCACUACUGUAAGUGAAUCCACCGCUGGUAGAAGUGAAUACUCUCCUUCAAACCCAUCUUUGGCCAAUUCUCCGCGGAAGGCAAGCGAGGAAACUAGAUCCAAGAAAUCCCGGCCCAGUUCCAGCCCUAGCAGCCCCCGAUCACCGAUCAUUCGUGUAAAGAGACGUAAAGUGGCUUCAUCUCAAGCUACGCCCAAGAGUGGUUUGGCUCAUACUCCCACUCCCCGAUACAAUCUUAGGAGUCGCGCACCCCGAAAAUAG